GCCAGGCUGGGCUCCUCCCCUCGAGCAGCGGCCGUGGGGCGGGCGGCGGGGGAGAGGGGUGGCGGCCGCAGCCCGGGUAGGGCCAGAAGACCGUUCCACGUUUGCAAACGCGGCCGCACGCCCAGGCCGACCCCUGCCGCCCGAGCUCCGCGCUGCGUCCGCGCCACUCUCCUCGCCGCCCCGAUGGCGUUCCGGGGCUGGAGGCCCCCGCCGCCACCGCUGCUCCUGCUGCUGCUCUGGGUGACCGGGCAGGCAGCGCCCGUGGCGGGCCUGGGCUCCGACGCGGAGCUGCAGAUCGAGCGGCGCUUCGUGCCCGACGAGUGCCCGCGCACCGUGCGCAGCGGCGACUUCGUGCGCUACCACUACGUGGGGACGUUCCCCGACGGCCAGAAGUUCGACUCCAGCUAUGACAGAGACUCCACUUUCAACGUGUUUGUGGGAAAAGGACAGCUGAUCACAGGGAUGGACCAGGCUCUUGUUGGGAUGUGCGUAAACGAGAGGCGUUUCGUGAAGAUUCCCCCAAAGCUUGCCUACGGAAGUGAAGGAGUUUCUGGUGUGAUCCCCCCCAAUUCAGUGCUUCAUUUUGAUGUACUUCUGAUGGAUAUUUGGAAUUCUGAAGACCAGGUUCAGAUUCACACCUAUUUCAAGCCCCCAAGUUGCCCUCGGACCAUCCAGGUGUCUGAUUUUGUGAGGUACCACUACAAUGGGACGUUCCUGGAUGGAACUCUGUUUGAUUCAAGUCACAAUCGCAUGAAAACAUAUGACACGUAUGUGGGAAUAGGCUGGCUGAUUCCUGGAAUGGAUAAAGGGCUGCUGGGGAUGUGUGUGGGUGAGAAGCGCAUCAUCACCAUUCCUCCUUUUCUGGCCUAUGGAGAGGAUGGAGAUGGGAAAGACAUUCCCGGUCAGGCAUCUCUGGUGUUUGAUGUUGCAUUAUUGGACCUCCAUAACCCCAAAGACAGCAUUUCCAUUGAGAACAAGGUAGUACCUGAAAACUGUGAGCGGAUAAGUCAAAGCGGGGACUUUCUCAGGUAUCAUUACAAUGGCACGCUUCUGGAUGGCACCCUCUUUGAUUCUAGCUACUCUCGGAACCGCACGUUUGACACGUACAUUGGGCAGGGCUACGUGAUUCCUGGGAUGGAUGAAGGUCUACUUGGUGUUUGCAUUGGAGAAAAGCGAAGGAUUGUGGUCCCCCCUCACCUGGGGUAUGGAGAGGAAGGAAGAGGGAAUAUCCCCGGCUCGGCUGUGCUGGUGUUUGACAUCCAUGUGAUCGACUUCCACAACCCUUCGGACUCCAUCAGCAUCACCUCCCACUACAAACCCCCCGACUGCUCAGUACUGAGUAAGAAGGGAGAUUACCUCAAAUAUCACUACAAUGCCUCACUUCUGGAUGGGACCCUGCUGGACUCCACGUGGAAUUUAGGCAAAACUUACAAUAUUGUCCUGGGAUCUGGGCAAGUUGUGUUGGGGAUGGACAUGGGUCUCAGAGAGAUGUGCGUUGGCGAGAAACGGACAGUGAUCAUUCCGCCCCACCUGGGCUAUGGGGAAGCUGGCGUGGAUGGAGAAGUGCCCGGCAGUGCCGUAUUAGUGUUUGACAUCGAGCUGCUGGAGCUGGUGGCCGGCCUUCCCGAGGGGUACAUGUUCAUAUGGAAUGGUGAGGUGUCACCCAACCUCUUUGAAGAAAUUGACAAGGAUGGCAACGGAGAAGUCCUCCUGGAAGAGGCCGUAAUGGUCCUCAGGAAAUCGUUCCAGCUCUACCGUGAGAGCACAUGCAGAACCUGACACUUCUCACCACCCCUACCCUGUGGCAUCUUAGCCCGGGGCCUGUCAUCUCUUUCCCGGGUCACAUCACAGCAGUGGUGUUCAUGAAGCUCCUCCUGCUCUCACAGUGGCCGUUCUCACACAGAAGCUGGGUCAGACCUGCAGAGGCCCCUGUCUAUAGGGCCUCACAGUGGCCUGUGAAGACGCUGAACUUUCUGCUCGCUGUAACCUCUUCACCGGCUGUCUCCCUCUGCCCACUUUACCCGGCCACACCUGCCCCCAUUGCUGUCUGUGACCAGCCAGGCAUGCGUCCACCUUGAGCCCUGGCACCGGCUGCCCUCUCUGCUCAGGAGACAUCUACCCCAGAUGACUCGUUCGGCCCUUUCCUUCUCAUCUUUCAAGCCUUUGCACAAAUCUUCCCUUCUCCUUAAAGUUUUAUCCUGACCACAGAAUUGAACACUUUAUCCCUUUCUCCCUUCCUUACUGAGCUCUGCUUUUUGAUUUUUUUCUGGAGCAUUUCACUUUGUAACUUAAUGUGUAAUUUACCUAUUUUUAUGUUCAUGUCUAAUUGUCUGUUUCCAUUAGAAUGCAAGCAUUACAGGGGCAGGGUGUUUGUUUGUUUGUGUAUUGAUGUAUUUCAAGAUCUAGAACAGUGUGCUUAGCACAUAGUAGACCAUAUGUUUUGAUCAUAUGAAUGAAUGCAUGCAUCCAAGAAUGUUCUUACAGUCUUGGGUGGUCGUGGGGGUCAGCCUUUGGUGGGGAACCAAGUUGGGAGAAGGGAUAGCUCUGACGGCUGCUCGGUAUUGGCUACCUGAAUAAUAAGGGCUCUUGGAGUCAUUUAGUACAAGGGUUUUUCACCUGCAUUUAGAGAAAAAACAAACAAAACACAGGUCAUAAGUCAUGUAGCUGCCAAAAAGAUCUUGUCUGUGUUGGUAGCCCAGACUCAAGUUCCAGCCCUAUCACCCCCAGACGGCUCUGUUUCUGGCCCUGGGCCUGGUGUUCAUGGCGGCUGAACUCAUAGUCUUUCCUGUCCCCUUCUUUUCCAGUUCUCAGAGUACAUUCAUGCCCAGGUGGCAUCUGGCAAAGGGAAACUCGCCCCUGGCUUUGAUGCUGAGCUGAUUGUGAAGAAUAUGUUCACCAACCAGGACCGGAAUGGAGAUGGGAAGGUCAUAGCUGAGGAAUUUAAACUCAAAGACCAGGAAGCCAAACACGAUGAACUCUAAACGAACCAGAUGGUGCCAGGGAGUACGUGACACCAAGCCACCUGUCGUGGCAGAACGUGCAGUGAGGGUGCAAGGGUCUUUCAGAAGUCGCAUCAUUAGCCAGUAGUAGGUGGGUCACAUAGUACCUGGUGUACACAUCGGGGUGGGUUGAUAUAUGGGGUGAGAAGUUUAGGCUGAUCGCCAGUGAUAGUAAAUAAAAUCUGUGCAGAGGGCCUUAGCACGGGAUGUGUCCAGUAUGGAAAAGGCUGUACUGCCAACCAUGAUUUGUGAGCCUUCUGGGAAAUUUUGUUAUUAAAGGAAUAUGUAGUGUCAGACGGAAGUUAUAAUCAUCUUGGAGGAACCAUAAGAAAAAGUGUCCAGGGUAUCUAUAUAAAAAGGGUUAAAUUUUUUUUUAACUUGCUAGUUAAAACAUUUUAGAAAUAUUCUUGAGAUGGGCAGGAGACUCAAAGGGCUUGCUUGCCCCAGCAGGGUUCCUAGCAGACAGCCAUGGCUCUUCCCAGCAGCCUGUGCAAACUCUGAUGAUGGCCCCACCCCCGCACAUGCACACGUGCAUCAUGCUUUUCCAGCUCAUCACACCCCACCCCACUGUGGGCCUCCCAUUAAUAGUGUAUAACUUGGAGGUUAAAAGAGCCUUUUGGACAGAAAACUGGGCCAGGAAAAGGCAUCUCGGACCACAAAUAGAGAAUUUGAUUCCUCAUUUGCCACAUAAGGACAUCUGCUUAGCUUUUUCUUUCUUUUCUUUUUUCUUUUUUUUUUUGGAGAGAGAGUCUCGCUUUGUCGCCAGGCUGGAGUGCAGUGGCGCCAUCUCGGCUCACUGCAGCACCAUCUCGGCUCACUACAGCCUCUGCUUCCUGUAUUCAAGCGAUUCUCCUGUCUCAGCCUCCUGAGUAGCUGGGACUACAGGUGUGCACUACCACACCCAGCUAAUUUUUGUAUUUUUAGUAGAGACGGGGUUUCACCAUGUUGGCCAGGAUGGUCUCAAUCUCGACCUCAUGAUCCACCCGCCUUGGCCUCCCAAAGUGCUGGGAUUACAGGUGUGAACCACCAUGCCCAGCCAGUUAGCUUUUUUUGUUCUCACCUUUCUAUCCCAUAGAACACUCUUUUAUCCUCCCUGAACCAUAUUGAUAAGAUAAAUAGGGCUAGGGGCUGGGCCCCGCUGGUCACUCAACAGAGUAUUUCCCUUGGCCGAGAUGGAAGUUUUGUCCCAAUAGAUGAGCUGCUGAGCAUCAACAAGGUGACAUUUUUCUGCUGCCCAUUUGUGUCCUGGAGACGGUGGUACCCUGAAGGCAGAGGCCAGCUGCCGCAAGACAGCAAUGACAGUCCACCUGCCGGCCUGAUUCCUGCAUCAUGGAAUAACCACAUGGCUACUUUCUAUCCUCUGUUCCCAAAUGGUGGUGGCACUUAUCCUGAAGUCAUCAAUGAUUUCCCCUUGAAACUACUUUAUUUUACUAAUUUAAACUAUUUUGUACUGAUGUAGCCCUGAGGUAGUUCGUGAAAAUGCUGUGCACUCAUUCCAUGGAAUAAAUGUUGGAAAGCUGAUCUUUUCUGAUACAAAA